UCAGCAUCAGGACGGCUUUGUAGCAGUCUAUAUUCAUUAAUACCGUACCAUCUUCAUUAAUAUUACAACUGUCUACAAGUACUGCAUUCGCCAGUUGUGCGUCAACUUUGCACAUCCAGAAGGAGACCAUCUAUUUGCACCACCUACCACGGUGCUUAUGACCAUGUGCCCAUCAUGAGUUGGCAGAACUAUCCACCGACAUACAAUGGGAUUCCUCCCCCGUAUGGCACACCAAAUAAUGCCAACUUGCCCCCGCCUGAUCAGUUUACACAGUCAUUACCCGGACAGCCAAUGCCAUAUGGCAGCCCUCACAACUUCCAACAGUCGGAGUACGCGACUCCAAGGCAGAAUGCGUCCAGCCAUCCCGCUGGACCCUAUAUUAAUAUGCCCGGUCCGCAACAGCAACAUGUGCACCAGAACUACCAGGCCGUGAAUCAUCCGCAACCUCCACAACACCACAUCCCCCAAUUCCCACCCUAUGGGCAUCCUCAGGCCUAUCAUCCCCAAUAUUAUGGACCUCCGGUUCAGAACCAGCAACCUCCACCCCCCAUGCGCCAAUUCUCACACUCCCAACCAGUCCCUCAACCAGGCCUACAUGGGCAACCACAAGGUCAGCCACCGCGUCCGCCGCCUUCUAACCCCUCCCCUCAGCCCCAAGGGAGGAAGAAUGUUGCGGUCGUGGUGCCUGGCCAUUCAACGCAACAUAAAGCUCCUAGUCAGACAAAGAGGAAGAGUUCAACCCCCCGGGUUGAUGACCAGCCUGCAGUUGAUCAUCAGAAGGUGCUGCUCUGUCUUGCCGAAGAGUACAUCGCCGCCGCCCAUGGGAUAGCUCCCCGUAUUGCCAAAGACCCCGACCAGCGCGGGUUGGAUGAGUAUUCAAAACUCAUGUCCACUGGUCUGGGGUGUAUGGAGGCCGUGUUGAAGAAUUUCCGCCUUCAUCCACGUCAGGAAGCGAGUCUCCGGUUGAGAUACGCGACGAUCCUUAGCAAGGAGACUCAGAACCAUGAUUAUGCUGAACUGGUUCUCACCAAAUCCAUCACUCUUUGCGACAGAAACAAACUGCUAGAUCUCAAGUACAGCUCACAGCAUCUCUUAGCGAGAGUUCUCUUCGAGACGCAACCGAGGGCAGCGUUGAAGUCACUGGAUAAGUAUGUUCAAGACGUCGAAGCAUAUCAACAUGUUCCAUGGAUCUAUGCAUUUCGUUUCCUAAGGGCGACGCUUUCGUUGCAGUCUACUAGCCACGUUGACAUCUCUGCUGGACUGUCCAAUCUUCGAAGCGUCGUCGAAACGGCGAGUAAGUGUGGUGACCAAUUCGUCGCCGCAAUGGCAGCGGUAAUGGAAGGCCUGGCCCACUUGAUGAAAACUGGACCCGAAAGCGUACAACAAACACAACAUGCAAUUGCUCAAGCCAGGAAGUUGCAGCAGCAAUGCGGCGGUACCAAGGCGCUACCGAUCUGGCGGCUGCUCGACUGCGUGCACCUAGCCUCUGCGCUUCAGAGCUCCGACCGCGACCAAGCAAAGGCGGUCAUGCAAGACAUGCAUGAGUCCAUGGACGCCGAGGGAGAACGAGACAUGUGGUCCGACGAUGGCUCGUUCGGCGUCGAGAUUCGAACCGCUCCUGGCAAUGGACUCACGGACGAUACAGGCGGCGUGUUCAGAAAGACGGCCGAUGGGCGGGAUGCUUUGGUGUUCUCCUGGUUGCGCCAUGAUGAGGUCUAUCUUCUCGCUUAUUAUCUCAGCGGGUUCACGAUGGACCUGCAUCUGAUGAACGACGGGCGGGCCCAAGAAUUCUUAAAGUCGGCCUCAAUCAAGCUGCAAGCAGAAUCGGCCGAUAGCAAGGCAUUCGGGGCUUUGAGCGACCAACUUGCGCACCAGAGCAGCCAUAAUCUCCUUCAAUGGCAGAUCCGCCUCCACGAAGCAUUCACCGCUAGCACCAGGGAAGACUGGAAUGCCGCCCAACGUAUCCUCGAACAGCUCUUUUCGUCCGUCCAAAACCACCAAGUGCCCCACAAUCUCUUCCGAUGGGCAACCUAUCUCUCCGGGCUCAUUGCCCAAGGUCGCGGUAACUUAGAUGAAGCGCUGUCGAUCUUCCAGUCCCAAGUCUUUUCCCUUCCGUCGAGCCAAGCGGUACCCGAUCUGUACGACCCGUACCUCACCCUCCGCAUCCUCGCGAACCUCCACUCCCUACUGAUCAUCCGCGACCCGGCCCAUCCGAAACAUCACGAAUGCGAAGCGCUCCUCACGCACUUGGUCCCCUUCUGCGCGUCGCAUCCGAACCGCAGCAUCGUGUCCCUCUACUACAUCGUCCGCACCGUGGCCGACUCCUCCACGUCCGGCGGCGUAAUCGGCCCCAAGAAAUCCCUGCAGCAAGCGCUGUUCGAAUGCAAGGCUAUCUCGAACAACCAGCUGCUGCGCGUCUGCAUGGGACUGGUGUGUUUGAAGUUCUUCCCCGGGAUCGUGAGCGAGCAGUCGGUGAAGAGCGCGCGUGUCUUUGAGCGGCUGAGCAAGGAGAGCCUCUUGUGGAGUUGCGUCGCGGCGGGUAAUAUGGCGAGUACGUUGGAGGUGAACAAUCAUCGCGCCGAGGCGGAUCAGGUGCGACGAGAGUCGGUGGCGAAGGUGGAGAGGUUGCCACAGGUAUUAAGGAGGAGAUGUGAGUUCUGAAUCACAGGUAGUGCGGAAAGAUGGCGCUUCAUUCAAUGUGAAAUGUAUUUCAGCCAAGGCGUCUGGAGGCUCGGGGAGAAUCGGUUCAAAUGAAUAAUUACAGUAAUAGCAAAAUGAUCCUGCGCCUCUAAACCGUGGGUAUCCCAGGUGCCCAUUCCAGUUGGUCUGUCCUCUGCCAGGGGACCAUUUGUGAACCUUCAAUCACUCCCAUUCGCAAACGCCAGAGAUCAUCCAAUCAUACUUCCUGCAUAACAGCGUUAUAAACAGAACCGCCGUCAUCACCGCUUCUGGAUCGCCGAUACCCAGCAACCAUUUCACCAUCCCAACACCUUCUCCCCCUUCAUAUCCUCCCCCUUCCUCCACUCCUCCACCAUCGCCACCGCCACCCUCACCACAUCCAACGCGCU